UUCCCCUCCUGAACUGAGCACCAUUUUGUGAUGGAAGGAGGUACGUUUUAAAAUGCGUUUGCAGGUUGGAUGGUGAAGAGUUGAGGCCAGCGAACAGGGAGGGCAGGGAAGAUCUACACCGGCAAACCUGUCUCGACAUGGCAGCGGCAGAAAAUCUAAAAAUCUCUGAAGCUGAGAUGAACAGCUACUAUUCCCUCUGCAAAGCUUGUUUGCUGCUGGAAUCCACCGUGAAAAAUGACCUUGUACCAGAAACCCUAAACUCCAUUUGUGCAAAAAACAUUUGUGAGGAUCUGAAGAAAAAGUUUGCUUUCCUUCCAGGUGGACAAGGGAAAGAUGGUGCUGGGAUUAUAACUUUUCCAGAGUACCCCAGUUUCAGCGAGAUUUCAGAGGAGGUCAUACAGAAGGUCCUCACGUACCUGACUACUAUUCCAAGUCUACACAAACCUGAAAUCAAGUUCAUUGUUAUCUUGGACAGGCGCCUGGAUACAUGGACAUCUAUCAAAGCAGCUCUCAUCCAAAUAGCGGCCACAUGUCCAGAAAACCUGCAGCUGGUCCUGGUGCUACGGCCGACUGGGUUCUUCCAGCGCACCAUCUCCGAUAUCAGCUUCCGAUUCAAUCAGGACGACUUUAUCCUGAAAUUACCAGUUGUUAUGCUGAAUUCGGUCACAGAGUUGUUGAAGUAUAUUGAUGAAACCCACCUGACUCAUGAGUUUGGAGGCACCCUUGACUACUGCCACAAUGAAUGGAUCCUGUUCCGCACUGCCAUCGAGAGCUUUGCUGUAAUGGUGAAGGAGAUUGCCCAGAUGCUGCAGGCAUUUGGAACAGAUCUGGCUGAGGCUGAACUGCCUGAUGAUUUACAUUCUGUAGAGGACCUACUUAUUGCAAGAACUGAAAAAUACAAUCAGCUGAAGAAUGAUGUUCAAAGGGUAAUAAAGGAGGGUGACCUGCUUCUGACCAACCUCAUGGAGCCUGACGGUAAUGCACAGAGUACGAUGGAGAAGGAUGGAGAUCGAGCAACUGUGAAAAGGCUCCUUGCUCAGUUGCAUGAGAUGGAAACAGCGUUUGACGGCUUUUGGGAAAAGCAUCUGCUUAAACUUGAACAGUGUCUACAGCUCUGGAGAUUUGAACAUGCUUUUGAAGAGGUAAAGGCAGCCUUGGAUUUUUUAGCAGCUGAGGAAGGAGACAUCCCAGAAACUGGCAACAGUGUAACUCACUCCAAACAAGCUCUUCGAGAAUUGAGUAACCUUGAUGAACAAUCUCAGGAAUUAAUUGGGAACGCCCAGGUUCUGGUCUCGCAAGGUAACCAGUUGAUUGCCAAUCGCCAUUAUGCAGAGGAUUUAAUCCGUGAGAAAUGUAACGAGCUCCGUCAUUGCUGUGAUGACUUAGUUGAUGAAAUGAGGAGCAAAUACAUCACCCUUAACAAAUCACUGGAACUGCACACCCAGCUGCAGCAGGUUCUGCAAUGGUGUGAUGAAGGUGCUUACCUCCUCGCCUCUCAGCCCAUGGACAAGUGUCAGUCACAGGAAGGAGCAAAGGGAGCUCUACAAGAAAUCGAGAAGUUUCUAGAAAACUCUGGAGACUACCUGCAGUGUGACACUGAAGAAUUAUACAAUGAGUUUGGACCCAUUCUCACGACACCCAUUAAGGCCCAGAUACAGAUGGUUCAUGAAAAGUUCGAAAACGUGUACACAAUGUUCAUGCAGCGCCAAUUGUCCCUCAAGAAACUGGCUGACAAACAGGUCCGGCCUGUUCAGCCUGUAGCACCACGACCAGAAGCCUCGCCUUUAUCUUUGAAGAGUCCGUUGUUUACACCAAAGCACGGAGUGGAUUCGAGUGCUGGCUCAAAGUUCCCAUUCGACAUUUCCUUGUACGGAAAGAGAAGUUCCAGAAAACCACUGAGUACACGGAAGAUUGAGGUCAUGCAUGAAGUGAGUCAAACAAGGAAUAUAUUGUAUUCUUUAAGUUCUGAAAGUGACGACAACUUGGAAAUCUUAAAAGGGCACGUGAUAAAUGAGCUGAUAGAGACUGAGCGUGUGUAUGUGGAAGAACUGAGCAGUGUGCUGCAGGGUUACAAAAUGGAGAUGGACAACCCCAUCAUGAUACCUCUCAUGCCCUCCUUAUUGGAGAACAAGAAGGAGGUAUUGUUUGGCAAUAUGUCAGAGAUCUAUGAUUUUCACAGCAGAAUUUUUCUUAAUGACCUUCAGAACUGCAUUGAAAUGCCAGAGAAAGUAGGACUCUACUUCCUUGAAAGGAGGGAGAAUUUCCAAAUGUAUGUGAAGUACUGCCAGAACAAGCCACGCUCGGAGUAUCUUUGGAGACAGUGUUCAGACUGCCCCUUCUUUCAGGAAUGUCAGCGUAAACUGGACCACAAACUCGGACUGGACUCGUACUUACUGAAACCAAUUCAACGGCUAACAAAGUACCAGCUAUUGCUGAAGGAAUUAUUAAAGUUCAGCGCUAUCAGUGAUGGAACCCAGGAGUUACAGGAAGCUCUAACAGCCAUGCUGAAUUUAUUAAAGUCAGUUAAUGAUUCCAUGCACCAGAUUGCGAUAACAGGAUAUAAUGGCAACCUGGAAGAGUUUGGUCCGCUUUUGAUGCAGGGCUCCUUCAAUGUCUGGAUAAAUCACAAGAAAGGCCCCACCAAAAUGAAGGACCUCGCACGCUUUAAACCAAUGCAACGCCAUCUCUUCCUUCACGAGACUGUGCUUCUGUUCUGUAAGAAACGAGACGAGCAUGGGGAAGGUUAUGACAAAGCACCUUCUUACAGUUUCAAGCAUUACUUAAAAAUGAGUGCUGUUGGGAUCACUGAGAAUAUUAAAGGAGAUAUUCGGAAGUUUGAAGUCUGGUAUAGCGGGCGAGAGGAAGUGUAUCUCAUCCAGGCUCCAUCAGUGGAUAUUAAGAUGGCCUGGUUGAGUGAGAUGAGAAAAGUGCUGACAAAUCAACAGAGACUCCUCCGAGAAGGCAGCCAAUCUCAUCAUCAUCUUACAGAUCAGAUUCUUCUAUCCACAGGGAAUCAGAAAACAGCCUCUUUAAGUUCGGAAGAAAAUGAUUCUGAUCUCAAAACUCCUGUCGUUUUAGAACACUUCCCUCUGUCACCACAGCAUCUCUCGACACAGAAAGACUGGUCUGGAACAUCACGUUAUGUUGAAGCCUCUGAGGGAAAUGAUGGCUGGUCCAGUAAUAAUGACACCGAGGAGGACGAUACAAACCAGCUGUCCCCUGGGAGGUACAAAGCUCGCACUGAUGGUAAAAUGCAAGAUUCUGAAGAACUGUUAAUUAAAAGCGGUGAUGUGGUACAGUUAAUGCAUGAGGAUGGUGAAGGACAAUGGUUUGUAAAAAACCUGAACCGGGGUCAGCAAGCUUGGAUUUCUGUCAACAGUUUACAGAUCAUUGUUGGUGAUUGUCCGUCCCAAGCAACCAGCUCAUCAGGGUUGGACAUUCAUAAGAUAAGAAAAAUCAAUUCGUCACCUUGACCAGAAUGAUGCAGGAGACCUGGCCCCUGGGACAUUCGGUUUAUAGUCGUCCUCUCUUUCCCCUCAAACAGCUUCACCACAUCUUGGUUUCCUCUUGUGUUGGAGGACCUUUGGUUGAAUGUUUCUCCAUCUGCACUUCAUGCCUAUAGUCAGCAGGGACCAAUAGAAUCCGCCCCACAAUUCAUCGAUGAGGAGGAAGAUGAGGUAGUUGUGCAAUAAACUGAGAAGGAUCUUGAUGGUGUCACUUUGUGGACUACAAAACAAUAAAAGACAUUCAAAGAUGGAGCGAUGAGCAGGAUUGGAUUUCUUACUAUCUUUUAAGGCAAAGACACACGCAUCUCUGGGCAGUUCCAUGGAACUGCUACAUUCUCUUGACUGAACUCUUGGGUUCUUGUGGUGAAGGACGCUGUAAUAUGGAGAAGAGCCUCCUUGUUUUGUAAUUGCUAAGUAUUUUGUGUGUGGAUGCUAGAUCAUUCUGAGGAAAUAAUGUUUACAUAAUCCAUAUUUUUAAUGUUGUGUUAAUAUAGAAAAA